CUCCAACCCUCACCCCGGAUGUCACUCGCUUCCUCCUUCACUCGCACCGUAAUGGCUUCUUCUCCCAAGGAAAGCCGCAAGGUGCUGGAGGGCAUCUUCGCUAUCAAUAAACCCCAAUGGGCCUCCUCCGCCGGCGUUCUCCGCGACCUCAACACCCAGUUCGACAAGUCUUCUCUCUUCGCUCCAUGGCUCACCCAUACGCGCCGUAAUCUCAUCGUCUCCGGUGCCAAAAGAAGGCACAUCGAUAACUUGAAAGUUAAACUCGGCCACGGCGGUACACUCGAUCCCCUUGCGACCGGCGUACUCAUAGUAGGCGUCGGCAGAGGCACAAAAUGUUUACAGCGGUUUCUCGAAUGCACGAAGACCUACGAGUGCGUGGUGCUGUUCGGCGCGGCCACGGACACCUAUGAUGCGGUUGGUAAGGUGGUUAGCAAGGCGCCGUACGAGCACGUCGCCAAGGAGCUGGUGGAGGAAAAGCUGGCGCAAUUCAGGGGCAACAUCAUGCAGAAACCGAGCGUCUUCUCAGCAUUGAAAGUCGAUGGCAAGAAAAUGUACGAAUACGCGCGGGCCGGAGGCGAGAUCCCGGAAGUACCCGCUAGACCAGUAGUAGUCCACGAAAUGGAGCUCGUAGAGUGGAUGGAACCUGGUACGCAUGAGUUUGGAUGGCCGAAAGAGGAGGUAGACAAUACAGAGAAAGUGGGCGCGGAGAAAUUGAUGGGCAUCCGGAAAGAGGAGGUAGACAAUACAGAGAAAGUGGGCGCGGAGAAAUUGAUGGGCAUCCGGAAAGAGGACGCAGAGGCUGCGGCACAACGGAAGAGGAAACGAUCGCGGACACCGGAACAUAAAUCGGACGAGCUUGUUACAAACUCGGAGUCGCUUCCCAAGAAACCAAAAUCGGAGGACGAACCAGCCAUGUCGGGCGCGCUGCCGGUCGAACAGACUCCCGCCCCAGCAGAAGCAGAACCCGCGCAAGCAGCCGAACCAGCAGAAGACACCGCUAUGGAAACUGAUCUCACGUUCUCGAAGGACUACGAUUCUGAUUCUUCGCCACAACCGCCUGCGGCCCGCCUCCGCAUGACAGUAUCAUCAGGCUUCUACGUCCGCUCUCUCUGCCAUGACCUCGGCCUAGCAUGCGACUCGUUAGGCCUGAUGUCCUCUCUCAUCCGCUCACGGCAAGGCGACUACGAAGUCGGGAAAAACGUGCUCGAAUAUUCCGACCUCGAUGCUGGACCUGAAGUUUGGGAACCCAAAGUCCAGGGCUUUCUCGAAGGUUUUAUGCAAGAGGAGGGAUGGAAACCCGGCGAGCUAGAGAGCGAGGAGGAGUGGCAGGCCAGGGAAAAGGAUAUUAGAAGGGAAAGAAAGGAAGAUAACAGAGAGAGGAGCUAUAAAGGAGGUAGAAAAUGGAAGGGGAGGGGAGGGAGGAAUUACUGGAAGCAUUGAGUAGCUAUCUGAUGGCGUCCCUGCGCUCGAUCGCUAAGCCGAAGCUAUCUAGGCGGAGGGCAGUGCAAUCACAAAAUUCAAGAUACCCUUGCAUAAUCUAAAAGAUUCGAUAGCAAUAUUCUAUUGCCGCAAAAA